AAACCACAUAUUUUUUUUGUUCGAAUAUGAAAUUUUAAUUUUAGUAACACCCACCUUGGGACAGGUUCAGAACAGCAAAACAUAUUGACCAAAUCAGAGGUCUCCCUUGGAGCAUUAAAAAGUUGCUAAAAGAUGUAAGAGAUGACAUAAGAAUAAGGAUUUGUUUUUUUUUUUUCUCUAAAAAGAACAACCAUCUAUGAUUUUCAGUUUCCUUAAUAGGUGGGAGGUGGACGGCCGUAGGGAUGUCAACGGGGUUCCACGGGGUCGGAGAAUCCUUCCCCAUCCCUGUCCCCGUGAAUGACGGGGACGGGGAUCUCCGCGGAGAUUUUUGACAGGGGGCAAAAUUUGCCCCCCAUCUCCAUUCCCCGUCAAUUAACAUCAAAAUACAUCUUUUUUACAUCAAAAAUAAGUAAAAAUUAAUGAGGCGUGCAUCAAACAUAUAGUGAGUGAGGAUGAUGGGAUACUGCAGCUUCGACAGCAACUCUAGGCUUCAGCAGCAGAUUGACAGCAACUCCAGGCUCCAGCAACAGAUCGACAGCAGUUUCAAUAGCAGAUCUAUAGCAGCAGCAGCAGCAGAUGUGUAGCAGCAGCAGCAGCAGAUGUGUAGCAGCAGCAGCAGAUCUGUAGCAGCAGCAGCAGAUCUGUAGCAGCAGCAGCAGAUCUAUAGCAACAGCAGCAGCAGAUGUGUAGCAGCAGCAGAUGUGUAGCAGCAGCAGCAGCAGAUUUGUAGCAGCAGCAGUAGCAGAUUUGUAGCCGCAGCAGCAGAUCUGUAGCAGCAGAAGCCAAAAGGGAAGGGGAAAGUAGAAGGUGAGGUUGUGAGAAUGAGUGAAGAAGAAUUGCAGAAGCAAGAAGGGGAGGGCUAUGAGGUGUGCUGCGUGAGUGAGAAAGGGAAAUGAAUAGGGUUAGGAAAUUAGGGUUGGAAGGAGGAUGAUGGGUUGUGUUGGGAUGGGUUGGGGUGGGUAAAGUUUAAUUUUU